AUGUCCAACCAAAGACAAGCCUCUUCGGCUUCCCAAGUGCCACACCUCUCCCCCGCCGAGCUUUCCUACCUCUACACGUCUCUCUCCCUCCCCAAAACACCCAUUCGCCCCGAUGGUCGAUCGCCCACACAGUUCCGGCCACUCACCGCUGAAACCAACAUUCUCCCCGGCACGAACGGCAGUGCGCGCAUCGGUUUCGCCGACGGAACCCAAGCGAUUGUCGGUGUCAAGGCCGAAGUGGAAAAGACGAUCCUGUCCAAUGAGACACUCGCGAGUGAGCGUGGCGCGGGUCCCGAGCCGACUGACCAGGAAGGGUCUACGACUGCUGCGGUGGGUGGUCAUGGGUCAUGGGUGCAAAUGUCGAUUGAGAUUCCUGGGUUCCGGGAUGAUGAUGCGCUACCGGUUUUCUUGUCUGAGAUGAUGCGGGAGAGUCUGGUUGGUGCGGUGGGUACGGAUGAGAACAGUGAUAUGACCGGUGGAUUGAAGGGGAGGUUGGUGAUCAACAAACGCUGGCAUUGGCGGUUAUAUAUCGAUGUUCUUCUCCUUUCGCAACCUCUGGCAUAUCCCCUUCCGUUGCUAUCUCUCACGACCCAUCUUGCGCUGUUGUCGACAAAGCUUCCCAAACUGAAGUCACAGGGCGAGGAGGAUCCAUUCUUCGACGACGACUGGGCCGUUGCCGAAUAUCUCUACCCUCGAUCAUCUCCAUCCACAGGCGCAAAGAUCUCCUCUUCCUCAUCGCGACCAUCUUUUGUUCGUCCACCCGUCACUCUCCUUGUCAUUUCCGUCGGCGAGAAUAUCAUUUUCGAUCCCAAUCGGGAAGAAAUCGCCGUCGCCGACGCAGUACUGGCUAUUUCAAUCACACGCGACACGCAGGCCGGCCAUCUCCGACUACUCUCUAUUCGCACCGUCGAUCCGCCAUCUCGAUUGACCCAGCCGGGUGUGCCCAACUCGGAGAAUGUCAAUAUGUUGGGUGCGGUGGCGCCGACAGAUGAUAUUGCUGUGUUGAAUCCGGUGACGGGCGAAGAGGAAGUGCCGGGUGUGUGGCGUCCUCGUCGAGGAGGCGCUAAGCGCAGUGUUAUUUCGGAGAUGGUCAAGACGGUAUUGAAGAAGGGUGGAGUUGGCGAGGAGGUUUUGGAGGGUCUAGAGGGAGUGGAGGUGUCAUGA